UCUGUUCCUUCGAGAGCCAAAAAGUUCAAUCAGUCCUCCAAAGAUUCGAAGCGUGUUCUAAUCGGGAAGCGAGUCCCGAAGUUGUGCAGUUUUCUUCGCUUCAGGGUUCUAACUCAGUCAUGAGCGGCUUUGAAGUUUCUAUGCCAAUGACUAUGAUGUUAAUGAGGCAAAAUCGAGUAAAUCGCUAUGCUGCUCGUGGCGCUAAUCAAUACAUAAAUUCACUACUGUCAAUUUUAUCAUUCCUAUGUCUUCUGACGAUGGCAAUCGUUUUUAUAGGAUAUCUCCAUCAUGCAUCAGGUGGGCAGGGAAGUAUCAUAGAUGUUGAGAAUGACGUUGAAGGUGAUACAUUUUGCACUUCGGAAGUUCAAACAACAAUAACAUUGCUAAAGGAAGUAUAUGACUAUAACAUGAACAAAGUGUUAUAUGUUGGCCCUGAUACUGGUUCAGUGAUGCCCGAAUUGCUCGAAGACAAGGAUGAUUAUGUAGAUUGGGGUAUGGAUCCAUAUGACACCGAAGGUGCUGAUUCGUGCUGCUGGGAUCUCAUUGAGAGAGAAAUUGUCCAUGUUUCUGAUAUGAAAUUUCCGCUGCCUUAUAGGGAGAAAUCAUUUUCUCAUGUCAUAGUUUCAGAUACUUUGGAAUAUAUGUCUUCAAGAUACCUUAACAAAACAAUUCCCGAGUUUAUGAGGGUAUCUAGAGAUGGUAUUGUCAUAUUUGCAGGUCAUCCAGAUUUUCCAGUUUCGAAAUUCAACAGAUCCAGAUACAACCGCCAGGCCAAACUCCGAAGUCCUUCUUGGUGGAAAAUGUAUUUAGCUCAAAGGAAGUUCGAAGAAGAUGCUGCUGCUAAAGAGAGGCUUAACAAUAUGUUAAAAGACAUCUCAUUCGAACCAGCCUGCCAAAUCUUUCUUCUCAAGUCAGAACCAUUCCAUUAAAACUAUUGAUUUUUUUUUCUUUUCUUUUUUGGUCCAAUUCUUUAGCCAAUUGAAACCAUGCUUCAAAUUCAAUUAUCAUAGUCACUCAUUCAUUUUAGAUUAGUAAAUUUAUUUCAAAGUCUUUUUAGGUUUAGUCUGACAAAUAUCAGACCUUUUGUUUGAUAUAAGUAAUCAGUCGAAAGUGUUGGCAUGAGUUUGCUCCAUUGUUUUUGGGUUUUCUGUUCCGUUCAUUUUUUCCCCUUUGUAAAUAUGAAUUCUUACCAAAUGGUAUCCAUAUUUCAGUUUUUUCUAGUGGAAAUAUGGAUGUGAAUAAGAAUCGUUUUCUUUUC